UUAUUUGAAGGUUUCUGGUUCGUACGAUUCAUACGGAAUUCAUACCAUUUUCAGCCAAUAGGAGAGCCAGCUCGCAUUACGUCAUUACAUCACAAAAUUCCUCAUUCAUUCUCUAACACCACUUCCCUGCUCUUAUCUAAGCUUUAACAUGGCUCCCAAAAUGAGAAGCAGUAAUGUUCUGCGUUAUAUUGAGAGUGCGGGACUCUCUGAGGAUCUCAGCGAGUUUGAGAGUGAGAACGUAUCGGCAGGGUCUCGCUUGGCCACCAAGAAUGAGACGGCAGUUCAUGUAGAGAGCACAGCUCGUCUAUAUGAACUCCGUCUCAUUCAGAUGGAGAAAUUCGCCAUACGAGAGAAGGACACGGCUAUUCUUUUUGGUGAAAAUAGCCGUCCAUUUAGGGCGGCUACUAUCAAGACCUUUCUCGAAUACUUAGGCGAACCGAAGGGCACCAAAAUUGGCAGUCUCGCCUGCAAGGGUCUGGCGCCACCUUCAAUAAAAGCAUUAAGAUUCUGGAUGCCGAAGUUUGGGCAUGUUGGCCCAUACAGUGAGCAAGUUAAAAGGGAUCAUGAUGGGAAAAUUAUAGACAUCAUCCCAAAAGGGAACCCUAUGGAGGAUGCUGGUAAGUGUCUGUUAUGAUGAUUAUGACAGUAUUCCUGUCAGCCUUAUCAUUAUACCAGUACAAGAAACAGAUUUUUGGACUGUCUUGUACUUGUAGCAUAGCUGUCAACUCUCCCGCAUUAGGCGGGAGUCUCAAGAUUUAUUUCUAUCACGGAGGGUACAAGAUGCAGGUUGCAGGUCGGCUGCAGGUUGAGUACAAAAUGCAGGUCGGGUGAUUACAUUUUUUUUUUUUUUGCUUUAUCUAUUUCAUACAAACUACGGCUCACGUGACGCGUUAAAAUAUUGAAUACUUAGAUUCUCGUUUAUUACUAAGCAAUUAUGUGACCUUGGGAAUAAAGAAUAUCUUUCCAGUCAAGGUUUUAUUUCUAUCAUUUUCUUUAAAGGUGUCAAGACAUUGAUACGUUCGCUAAAUAAAAGGAAGCGCCGAACUUCUAGAAAAGACAUGAGGGCCGGCAUGAAGCCCUAUGAGGCAAAGAAGGCGCCACCAUUCUCUCUUGAGGAUAUGCUCAAGAUGAGAGAAUACUGUUUGAAGACAGUUGAGGUAAACAAUUUAAUUACCAUCACAAAAAAGUGCAUUAGAAAUAAACAGGUAAUAUCACAUAUAGGUCCAUUCUACAAACAUGACAGACACAAUAGACUCUGUAGUCGAAUAUUCCAUAAUAUUCCAGGGGUCCAUCAGAGAGGACGACGGCAUCUAGUAGAUUCUAGGAUAAUCUCCGAUACUAUCACAAAAUCAAGGGUCCAGCAGAUGGAAGAAGCAGGAACUAAAUAGACAUCUGUCUAAUAGCA